AUGGCCGACUUGACCGCCGACUCGCAACCUCACUCCACUCAGCCGACUCAACUUCUACCAACCGCCCAGAAGCGCUCUCACUCUUCCACUCCCACCGUCCAAGUUGCUCGCAGCUCACCCGCUCCGGUUCCCGAGUCACCUCUGCCACAGCCCCACUCUCGUCCCCAAAGCACUCUGGGUGCUCGUUUCGCUCCUCCUGGAACAGGUUUUCGACGUCCUGGAGGCAUCAUACAGCCCCGUCCUGUGCAGCUCAUUAACAUUGACGACGACGAUGACUUCGCCGAUCCCCCGGUCGACCGCAGUUCGGAUACCGAAGGCCCCGCUACACAAUCCGCCAUAAUUCCUACCGCCUUCACGAAAGGGGGAAGGAACCUCGACUCUUCUCCCAAUCGUGUGUAUGAGAGCCCCAAGUCGUCGGCUGAGAAAUUCAAGAAUCUGACUUCUUCCUUCGCCUAUAAUGCCGGUGGAAUGGAAACUGCAUAUGGAGGUGCCUCGAGAAACAAGCCACAGCAGCGUCAGCCGGUCCCUUCGCGUGCUCAGCCUGUAGAAGAUAUGUCAAUUAACGAUAUCUUCGAAGUGCAGGACCAGAAAAAGGUGGAGCGUAUGAUGACUGUUGCACCCGGCCGACCUAUUAGUGUGCUCUACAAGGCUUUAAAGACCUGCCACGGCAGUUUCGACGAUGCCAUCGAUAUGGUCUUCCGUAAUGAAGGAGAGAAGGGUGAUAUGGAUGUUGUCGACCUCACCAGUUCAGAUAUCGAGAGCAAUGUCGCAAAACCUAGUGCCCAACCUAGAGCGGCCGCCAAACAACAAGUCAAAGCACCUACACGAACAAUUGCCGACAAGUAUUCGACAAAACCCAAGCCGACUACUGUUCCAAGUCCGGAGGCCGCAAAACCCAGAAGACGCUUGAUGCAAGGCCGCAAGAAUCCGGUAUCGCCCAUUGGAUCUCCUUCUCCCACUAAACCGGUCGAAGCUGUGGUGAAGAAGCGUCCUGUCAUCAUCGACUCGGACGAUUCUGAUGCUGAGUCCGGCAGGGAGUCGUCGGAAGAAGAUACAAGUGAUUUCGACGGUCGUCUGCUCAAAUUCUUCAACACGUGUAGUGCACAGGAUCUGGCCGAUAUUUCUAACGAGAAGCUGGAGAUCGCCGAGUUCAUAUUGUCCAAGAAGCCCUUCCGCAGUCUGAACGCCAUCCGAAACAUCUCAGAUGCGCCGCCCCUGAAAUCUGGCAAGAAGUCAGCCAAGAAAGCCAUCGGAGACAAGGUCAUGGAUGUGUGUAGAGAAAUGUACAAAGGAUACGAAGCUGUUGACGAGCUGGUCGAGAAUUGCGACAACCUUGGUAAACCCAUUGCCGACACGAUGAAGCAAUGGGGUAUCGAUUUUGCUGCCGCUACCAAGGACGGCGAGUUGGCUCUCACGUCCUUGGAAGACACCCAACACGAUUCUGGCAUGGGUACUCCCGCCAGCUCUACCGGCAUCCUGGAUGAUGACGACGACGACAUAGUCAAGCCCAAGACAUCGCGGCCCAACAAGCUCAAGAAAAACAUCUUCCUGAAACAGCCUUCCAAUAUGAGCACUGAUCUGGUCAUGAAGGAUUACCAGCUGUUCGGCCUGAAUUGGCUCAAUCUGCUCUGGUCUAAGAAGCUGAGCUGUAUCCUUGCCGAUGAUAUGGGUCUGGGAAAGACCUGCCAGGUUAUUGCUUUCCUUGCUCACCUGAAGCAGACGGGAGUGCCAGGAGUCCAUCUCGUUGUCGUUCCUGGAUCCACUUUGGAGAACUGGAUCAGAGAGUUGAACAGAUUCUGUCCCGCUUUGGAGGUUGCCCCUUACUACGGCUCACAGGCCGAAAGAGAAAACCAGCGAUACGACUACGGAUCUCGCCUAGAUGAGAUCGACGUUAUUGUGACUACUUAUGAGACAGCUGUCGGAAAGUACGACACAGACUUUUUGCGCAAGACAGUACGUCCUGUAGUCUGUGUUUUCGAUGAAGGUCAUGCUUUGAAGAACAGUCAGUCCAAGAGACACCAACAGCUGAUGCGCAUUCCCGCCGAGUUCCGCCUUCUCUUGACCGGUACGCCACUGCAGAACAACUUGCAAGAACUUGCUUCGUUGCUUUCAUUCAUCCUACCUAGCCUCUUCAAUUCGCGAAGAGAGGAUCUCGACAAUAUCUUCAAGUUCAAGGCCACUACCAAGGACGCCGAUCACGCAGCUUUGUUAUCUGCACAACGUAUUGCGCGAGCUCGCUCGAUGAUGACACCAUUCAUCCUUCGUCGGAAGAAGCAGCAAGUUUUGAAGCAUAUGCCUGCUAAGCACCGCCGUGUCGAGUACUGCGAUAUGCUGCCCGAACAACGCGAAGUAUAUAAUGAGAUGGUCAAGCAAGCUGUGGAUGCUCGUACACAGCCCAAGAAGGGCGGCACCAAAGCAGCCAAGACUGCUCAAGAGAUGACCGCGCUGCGCUUCGCUGCUUUACACCCUCUCUUGUUGAGACGCAAGUAUGGUGACAAAGAGCUGGAGAAGUUGGCAAAGGCACUCAAGCGUUCUGAGGAGUACGGUGAUAACAAGCCGGAACUUAUUUGGAGACUGCUCACAGAGCAGACCAAGGGUGGUGACUUUGGAAUGCAUAAAUUCUGUCUGGACUACGACUUCCUGAACAGAUACGCCUUGCACAACAACGAGUGGAUGAACAGUGGCAAAGUCAACAAGCUGAGAGAACUACUCGAGGGUUAUAUCAAGAACGGCGACCGCACACUCAUCUUCUCACAGUUCACGACGAUGAUGGACAUUCUGGAAUCGGUUCUCGAGACACUGUCGAUCAAGUUCAUGCGCCUCGACGGUAGUACUGCUAUGUCGACUCGCCAAGAUAUUAUCGAUCAGUUUACCACUGACACUUCCAUCCCUGUCUUUAUGCUCAGUACUAAAGCCGGUGGUGCUGGUAUCAACUUGGCUUGCGCCAACAAAGUCAUCAUUCUCGACUCUGGCUUCAACCCUCAAGACGACAUCCAGGCCGAGAACCGCGCUCAUCGUGUUGGUCAAACCUGUGAUGUUGAGGUCGUCCGCCUGGUCACCCGCGGCACCAUCGAAGAACAGAUCCACGCACUUGGAGAAUCGAAGCUCGCACUCGACGAUCGUGUGGCCGGUGCCGCCGAAGACGCCGCAGCCGAGAAGAAACUCGAGGCCGAUGCAGCUCUCGCUGUCGAAGACAUGUUCUUCAAGCACUUGGAGGAAGACAAGAAAGACGAGCAUCACCCAAAGAUGGAAGACAAGGACUCUAUCGAUGCCAUGGACAUCACGAGAGACGACACUGCCGCAGCGAAGAGUAAGGAUCUUCGCGACGAGUUCAGAAACGGACUCAAGGAUGCUGGUCUCGAUGUCAAGGAAGAGAAGGAUGUCAAGGCAGAAGCCGAUGUCAAAGAGGAGGCUGCUGUGAAGAAAGAAUGA